AUGGCGCUAAUUGAUGUAACCCGUUUGAGCCUCCAAAAUCUGACGGCAAGUGAUGAUCGAGGAACUCCACGCCGACAAAGUAUAACAAGUUGGUUCACGGAUAAUCCUGCUUCGGGGGUUACAAAACACUACUUGCCUUCGAAUCUAAGCGUCAAUAGCAGUGGCACAGGCAGCUGGUGCGAAGCUGAUGUUGCCAUCAAAGAGCAAAGUGAUCAGAUAGACACUGGUGUACGGGAAUAUCCCGAUAAUCCAGAGAUGCUACGAUUGCGUACACCACUGCAGCAUAUAACUGAUUCCUCAGCACGGGACUCAGGUCUCAGUUCACAUUCGAGCAAUUCUGCUAAUUUCUUCAUAUGGCAAAAUCAAACAGAGUCUACGUCCAUGUUGGCUACAACGUCGAGUUUAGCUGCAACCAUCCCGCUUAUUAGUGAUCGUGAACCGAUUCCUCCACCAGUCCCACCACAUGCGCCGAAUUCGUACGCUGCAAACGCUGCUGCUCCUGAAAGACGAAGUGCUUGUAAGUCAUUUCGGUCAUGA